AUGACCAUGUCCGAACAUCUUUAUCCGACUCAUUCGGGAAGACCACAAUCGCAAGCCCAGGACUUGACCCCAUAUAGUGCUGUCUCAUCUUUCAACCUUCCGGCCCACUACGACUCUACUCUCAUUACUCCCGUGUCCCUGACCUCAUCUCCAUCUAUGCCAACCAAGUCAGCUCCAGCGAUGAAGCAGGGAACAGAGAUCAAACUGUCACCAGCAACUCUGUCUCCUCGUUAUCAUCUGUUUUGCCCGGAUGAUGACUUCGCAAGUCCCCGCUACAAUCCGCCAAUGAAACUCAAGGACCCUUCCGGCAUACUUCAGAUCUCGACAGCAGACAGUUCUUUCCCUGCAUCACCAUAUGUUUGCAACUCUCCCUACUAUGGAUCGUUUGGAGUUUCCGCAACCCCUCAUUCUGCCAGAACGACAAAUUCAUCACCGGUUGUACACACCAGUCCCCAUAGACACUCUGCCGGCGGUCUCAGCAGCACUGGUGGUCAUCAUUCCCGCCAGCAGACUCCAGCAAGCUAUCGAGCCAAUUUUCAAGCUCCCAUAUUGAUUGCCCCCAGUCCUGAGACUCUCCGGCCGGCAACGAACUAUGACCGUGGACCCUACCGACAGGACUCGCUUCAGUCACAUCGAUCGGCGCAGUCACCUCCCCACUCCCAAGGACCUCCAAAAGGGCCUUUUACACAGAACUUGAGUCCCAUACAUCCACGAGGGAAAAAGAGAAAGGAGCCUCCUAGUGAUUACGAUGAAAUUUUGCGCUCUGGCGACAUCAACGAGGAAGAGAAACUCCUACUUGAAUUAUCUCGCGGCAAAACACCAUGGAAGGAGGUCGCUGCCAAGUUCGGCAGAAUCACCGGGCAAACCAAACGAGUUGCUGCUUUGCAAAUGAGGAAGAAACGGUUGUUGGAAAGACUUCGGGUAUGGUCAGACACGGAGUUAAAGGCUCUGAAGCUUGCGCACGAGGAUCACGAGAAAGGCAAGUGGGCUUCAAUCUCCAAGGGCAUGCUGAAGCAUGGUACCCAAGAGAGAUGGUCACAGGAAGCAGUGCAGAAGAAAUGGAAUGAGAUGUACCCAGACCAGUCCUCGUUCAGCUGCCCUGAGUACGAGAUCGUGCCGAGGAAUUGCCAUCGAGCUUCUUCGGAUCUCUCAGUUGGCGAUCUCUCGGCAGGCAACAGCUGUUGGUCUGACGAGGGGGACAGCAGCACUCAUAGCCUGCACGAGUGUGAUAGUGCGACAUUGUUGUCAGCACUGUCCCCUGCCACCAUGGAUGAGGUACGGACUCGAGCUCUGAGUAAUGCGAACGCUCAAAUUCAACUACAACAACAGCAGCAGCAGCAGCAGCAGCAACUGAUAUUCGAGCAACAAAACCCACAUCAGAAUCAGCAUCCACCGCAACAUCCAAAUCAACAUCAUCAUCAGAAUGGUUGGGAUUCAGGACCUUAA